AUGUCCACAUUGAUUCUCGUACUAUUAUUCAUUGGUGCUAUCUCUGCUGGCUUCAACCCCGAACGGGAAUUUGAAGUGAAACAAGGUAGUUUAUUGAAUACUGGCCGAAGUUACACAAUAACUGAAGUUAGUAAAACACUCAACGGUCAAAAUCCCAGUCGUUUUUCAAUUCAAAAUGAAUUAUUAAGUCUUGGCAAAAAACUCAUUCUUCUCGAUAACGGCCAACCACUCUAUGAAUUCAAACACGACCUAGGUCAUCUCUAUCAAAAGUGGAGUAUCUACGAUCCACGAACUGGAGAUACUGUUGGAACAUUGAAACAUCGUCCAUCAAUUAUUCAUGAUUCAUAUAAAUUGAAAUCAACAAAAUUGGGUACUUACCGUAUUACCGGAAACAUUGGUAGCCGAACAUUUUCAAUUACAAAAGAUGGUCACAAAGUUGCCGAAAUUCACAAGAAACACUUUCAUGUUCACGAUACAUAUAGCGUUAAAAUCGAAGCCAAUCAAGAUCCUGCUGUUAUUCUACUUGUUACCAUCGGUAUCGAUGAAAUUCGUCAACAUUAG